AAGCAGAGCAUCUAGCGUGCUUCUCCGCACCGGGGCUCUGAGCACAACAUCAGCACAUCAAAUAUCCUGCGCAGCGCGCUUGAGGUGCUCGAGAUCGCUGGGAUGGAGAUACCUGGCCUCUGCUGCGUCCACGGAGUCAUCAGCAUCAGCAGCAGGCAAAGUGGCACCACUUGAGGGGAUUCGAGUACUGGACAUGACGCGGGUAUUGGCUGGGCCUUAUUGCACUCAGAUUCUGGGCGAUCUUGGAGCCGAAGUCAUCAAGAUCGAACACCCAACUCGUGGCGAUGAUACCAGGGCAUGGGGUCCUCCGUUUGCAAAGUACAAGGAUGACGCUGUGGUCAAGGGCGGUCAAGCUGGAGAGAGUGCUUAUUUCAUUGGUGUGAAUCGAAACAAGAAAUCUCUGGCUCUGUCCUUCCAGCACCGUGAAGGCGUUAAGAUCCUCCAGGAGCUAGCCAAAACAUCGGAUGUUCUGGUUGAAAAUUACAUUCCUGGUUCGUUGAAGAAGUAUGGUCUGGAUUAUGAGAGUCUACGGAAGAUUAAUCCUCGCCUGAUUUACGCCUCAAUUACAGGCUACGGUCAGACAGGUCCGUACUCGUCACGAGCCGGGUACGAUGUCAUGGUCGAAGCGGAAAUGGGAUUGAUGCACAUUACUGGAACCCGAGAUGGGACACCAGUGAAGGUGGGUGUUGCUGUUACUGAUCUGACCACGGGCUUGUACACGUGUAAUGCCAUCAUGGCAUCACUGCUGGCACGACAGCGGACAGGACAGGGCCAACAUAUCGAUGCAGCGCUGGCUGAUUGUCAAGUCGCGACACUGGCAAACAUCGCCAGCUCGGUGCUCAUCUCAGGCCAGCGCGACGGUGGCAGAUGGGGCACUGCACACCCCAGCAUUGUGCCUUACAAGGGCUUUGCUACCAAAGAUGGAGAUAUUAUGCUGGGCGGUGGUAAUGACCGCUUAUAUGGAAUCAUCUGCGACAAAGUGGGCAAGCCGGAAUGGAAAACCGACCCUCGCUUCAUCACCAACGACGUGAGGGUGAAGAACCGCGACGUCUUGGAAGCCUUGAUCGAAGAAAUCACAAAGACCAAGACCACCAAAGAGUGGCUCGCUAUUCUCGAGGGGAGCGGCCUGCCCUACGCGGCCAUCAACGACGUCAAGGACACCUUGGACCAUGAACAUGUCAGAGCACGGGGGAUGGUGCAGGAAAUCGAACAUGACAGCUGUGGCAAGAUCGAGGUCGUUAGUCCGCCUGUCAAGUACUCGGAGAGUGUGAUUGGAAUCCGUUCCGCCCCUCCCACCUUGGGUCAGCAUACCGAUGAGGUCCUGACCGAGGUUCUGGGAUGGUCAGGUGAAGACGUGCAGAAGCUCAAGGCCGACGGCGUCGUCGCUUAAGCAAAGUAGUCGAAGCUAGCUGCGGGAAGAAGACGAUCGCCAUGUGUACAGUACGUCAUACAUCAAGAAGCGCAUAGAGCCGCGGGUCGGAAAAUGGUUUUUAAGACGUUGAAGGAGAGCAUUAUAGCUGGGGACGGGAAGAGGGCGAAAAGUCUCUGGUGGAAAACAUUUUCUCGAGCCACGUUGCAUAUCAAGUGCGGACUCGCC